AGCUGCCGAAAAAAACUACUCUCAAAUUGAGCGAGAGGCACUCGCACUUGUAUUUGGUGUCACAAGGUUUCGAGAUUACCUGCUCGGACGAGAAUUUGUUCUUGUUACUGAUCACCAGCCGCUGCUCGGCUUACUAAGGCCAGAUCGUCAAACACCCGCAAUGGCCGCGGCAAGAAUUCAAAGGUGGGCGCUCCUCCUAGGCGCUUACAAGUAUCGCCUGCAAUACAAGUCCGGUAAACAGCUCGUAAAUGCUGAUGCACUGAGUCGGUUGCCUCAACCUUUGCAGCACGAAGUCUGUGCCGAGGAAGACUCGACUGAGUGCGUGCUCCUGCUACACCAGUGGGACGAACCGGCUAUUCCAGUGAAGGAACUACAAGCCUCGACGGCAGCGGACGUCACGCUUGCUGCGGUUUACAGGGAGCCGCCAGCAUCUCGGACGACAGUGGUGGACUGCGAGCAAUGGACGAUCGCGCCAGGUGAUGCCGUGUAUGUUCGAAAUUACGGUGCCGGUGACAAGUGGACCCCGGGCAAGGUCAAGUCAACGGAGGGCUCAAGAGUGGUGUCUGUAGAGACAGACAAUGGUAUCGUGCACCGUCACGCAGACCAAGUUCGCAAACGAAUGCCAGACAGACCAUCCGCUACAAUGUCAAACAAUGACUCCGAGGGAACUGGUGCACAGCCCAGUGACGGAACUACAACCCUUCAGUCAGCACCGCCGUACGUCGCAGCAGAUGUUCAACCCCAGCUACGUCGUUCCACUCGUGAAAGAAAACCCGUGGAGCGUUAUGGAUUCUAA